AGCUUCCGUAGUUAGCAAAGACUUGUAAUAGCUGUUAGCUUGACCGUUCGACACGACAAAGACCUUCAGCCUCAUAACACAAACGCAGUCUUUAUUUCUUUUAAUUAAUAAUCAGUACAAAUUUUUAAAUGUUUUUCGUGUUGGUACUAAAAGGAUGUCUCCCAAAUCAUUAGGACCUCUGGCCAAAAAGCUGAUGAAAGUUGUCAUUGUGGCUGAACUCCUCGGCGUCUUUGGAGUGUAUGCACUCUUCCACACUAUGAACACUAACCAAGAUUUCAGGAGCACUAUGAAGAGAAGGUUCCCAUCCAUUCUGGAGGUUUACUAUAAGUCCAACGAGCUGGCGGGCGUCUACGGCGUGCGGGAGAGGGACCAACUUGACUGGUCCACGCACCCGACGGAUGCCGAUGACCACUGAUGACUACUUCCUCUUCCUCUUGUUGUUCCCCCUCGCCGCCGUCGUGAAUAUCUUCCCCCGUCCAAACUGCUUCUUCUUGUUGAACAUGGACUUCUUCCUGCGCAGCGUCUUGGCGUCGCGGUCAUGGAUCCAGUCGUCGCGUUGGCUCUCCCACUUCAGCUGCUUCACACCUGCAGAGGAAAUGGUCACAAUUUGGUGUGAAACUUUGUGACGGAACAAUAGUUUUCAGUCACUACUGGUCAGGAAAUCAAUUUAAAGGACUUUGCAAUAAUAAUAGUUUGAACUCUCUAAUGCCAAAAGUAAAGAUGUGAUAUUAA